CAGAUUAUAAAAAGCUUUUUAACAGUCUGCUUUACACACAGAGACACACAUAGAUUAUAUCAGUUAUAAAUAUCAAGCCUUCUAACACGAUGAACUUGCUAAUAACACUGCUGUUAAUGAUCAUGAGCUGCUACGUACACAACAGUCAAUGUGCAGAUACCGAGAAUGCAAAGAGGUAUCUUUUGAAGUAUGGUUAUCUCGACACUUUUUCUGUUGGAGAUGAAGUGUUAAAGGCUAGUAUCAAAAGAUUGCAAUAUUUUGCUAACUUAAAGCAAACAGGAGUACUGGACGCUGCUACGCAAAAACAAAUGACUAUCCCAAGAUGCGCCCAUUCUGAUCCAAAGAUCAAGAUAACACGCGCAAGAAGAUAUGUGCAUCAAGGGACAAGAUGGCGGAAGAGUUUGUUGACAUGGAGAUUGGAAGGGCGUGGUCGAACUUUGAGUCGAAGUAUUAUUCGGAGAGUGAUGAGUAAAGCCAUGGGCUACUGGAGUCGUUCUACAAACAUUAAUUUUAAAGAAACGGCCAGUAGUAAACCCGAUAUUUGGGUCAAAUUUACACGGUAUCACCAUGGUGAUCCAUAUUCAUUCGAUGGUCCAGGUGGUACGCUGGCUCAUGCGUUUUAUCCACAUAAUAAUCAAGGCUUAAGUGGAGACAUCCACUUUGAUGAUGAUGAGAAUUACACGUAUCAAUCUUCGCGUGGAAGAAAUCUGUUAUGGGUAGCUACUCAUGAGCUAGGUCAUUCCCUUGGAUUAGAACACUCCAACCUUCGCGAGGCCGUGAUGUAUCCUUGGUACACUAAGUAUAAAGCCAAUUUUAAACUGCAUAACGAUGAUGUUCAUGGAAUUCAGGCAUUAUACGGAAAGAGAAAGAAUCCGACAAGUCGCCGCCCAACUCGUCCAACUCGCCCAAUUCGUCCAAUUUCCAACAACAAGAAAUGUCCACAAGCUGGUGUCACGGCAAUCUUCUACAGUAAACGGGCUAAAAGCAUGGUAGCACUAACAAAAAAUAAAAAGUUGUAUUUUGUUAAUAACAAAGGUAUAAAGUAUGGACCGGUCUCGACAUCAAAUUAUUUUCCUAAAUCAUACAUACCGCAGGCUAUUGAUGCAGCAUUCAACAUAAAAAUAAGAAGCAAGGAGUACACGAUUGUAUUCUCACAGAGAAGCUAUUAUUUGUUCCACAAGUUUCGCUAUAUAUCUGGUCCGCAUAGUAUACACAGAAGAACCAAUAAGGAGCCGUUAAACUUGCGUUUUCCGAAUUCGGUUAAAAAAAUCGAUGCAGCGUUGAUAUGGCAACGAAAUAAAAGAAUUUAUUUUUUUUCUGGUCCAUACUAUUGGCGCUAUAACAAUAAGAACAAUCGAUUGGACAGUGGAUAUCCGAAGAGGAUUUCACGAGCAUGGAGAGGUUUACCAGAGAAAAUCGAUGCUGCGUACAGCUCGUCAGAUGGAAAACAUACUUUCUUCGUGUCUGGAAAACAUUAUUAUUUAUUCAAUGACAAAAACGUUCGUGUGAAACGCGGUUAUCCCGAACAUGUUGGCAGAGAGUGGUUAAAUUGCAGUGGGCGUUCAAUGAUACGUGGUGGUAUUGGCUUCAUUGCAGUUGGUGGAAUAAGAGUGGAGGACGGUAAAGCUGAUGAACCUUAGUAGAAUAUCAUGUUGUCCCCAUGGAUUUGACAUUUAAUUUUUUACUCUGUAAAUAGUUUUUUUAAGACAUAUCCUGCAUCGA